GUGACCUCUACAUACAACAGUUGAAAACACUGGAGCUGAGGUUGAAUCGAUUGUGGAAUGGGCUGUGAAUUAAAAUUGAGCGAGGAGGUGAUUUGAAUAAUUAAACGUAUUACUCCUAGGUAUUACCUACGUCAAAAAGGCAUAUGUGCUCCGAGCCGCUUGAUUUCCGACUCUGGGUGCUCAGUGUGACAGUCGGUGUUGAAGAGUCUGUUCCUGCAGUGCAACAACAUGGGUGUGAUUGGCGUGCAGCUGGUUGUUACCAUGGUAAUGGCCAGUGUCAUUCAGAAGAUCAUACCUCACUACUCCUUUGCAAGAUGGCUACUCUGCAGUGGCAGUCUGAGGUGGUACCAGCACCCGACCGAAGAUGAGCUGAGGAGCCUCGCCGGGAAGCAGCAAAAAGGGAAGAACAAGAAGGAGAGGAAAUACAAUGGUCACAUAGACAACAAGCCACUCACCAUUCCCAAGGACAUUGACCUGCAGUUGGAAACUAAGACCAUCUCGGAAGUGGACACAUUAGCCUUGCACUACUUCCCCGAAUUCCAGUGGCUGGUGGACUUCACAGUGGCGGCCACGAUAGUGUACCUCAUUACAGAGAUCUACUACAGCCUGUUCGAGCCCAGCGGCGAGAUGAACAUCAGUGUGGUGUGGUGCCUGCUGGUUCUGGCCUUUGUGAUCAAGGUCCUGUUCUCUCUGACUGCUCACUACUUCAAGGUGGAGGAAGGCGGGGAGAGGUCUCUCUGCAUCACCUUUGCCUUCUUCUUCUUCGUCAAAGCCAUGGCCAUCCUCAUCGUCACUGAGAACUACCUGGAGUUUGGGCUCGAAACGGGAUUUGCGAACUUUUCAGAAAGUGCCGUGCAGUUUCUCGAGAAUCAGGGUCUGGAGUCGCAGGGUCCCAUCUCCAAACUGACCUUCAAGCUGAUCCUGGCCCUCCUCUGCUCCCUGAUCGGGGCCUUCCUGACCUUCCCUGGCCUGCGCCUGGCCCAGAUGCACCUGGACGCCCUCACCCUGACCACGGCCAAAGUUACGCAGACCCUGCUGCAUAUCAACUUUCUGGCCCCGCUAAUAAUGGUGCUCCUGUGGGUGAGACCAAUAACUAAAGACUACAUAAUGAACCCCACUCUGGGAAAAGAGAGUGUGCCUUUGAUGACGGAGAACACGUACGACACGCUGCGCCUGUGGGCCAUCCUGCUGCUCUGCGCCCUCCGGCUGGCCAUGAUGAGGCACCACCUGCAGGCCUACCUCCACCUGGCGCAGAAGGGCGUGUCCCAGAUGAAGAAGGAGGCGGGGCGAAUCAGCACCGUCGACCUGCAGAAGAUGGUGGCUCGAGUGUUCUAUUACCUGUGCGUGAUAGCGCUGCAGUACAUGGCCCCCCUGGUCAUGCUGCUGCACACGACCCUGCUGCUCAAGACCCUGGGAGGCCAUACCUGGGGCGUGUACCCCGAAGAGGAGCUGCCCUGCGACAUGAGCUCCGACCCGGCGGCGGCGGCGGCGGCUGUGGUCCAGCCCCAGCUCCCCCCCGCGGCCCCGCAGGCCCCCGUCUCAGUGGCCCAGCUCUCCAUGGCCCUGGGCGGCCUGAGGAACGUUUUCAGCCCCCUGCUCUUCCGCGGCCUGCUGUCCUUCCUCACCUGGUGGAUCGCCGCCUGCCUCUUCUCCACCUCCCUCUUCGGCCUCUUCUACCACCAGUACCUGAUGGCGGCGUGAGGCCCCGGGGUCCCCCGCCCCCGGUUUGUCCCAGCUCGGCCCCGGCACGGAAGGACACGGCCAGCUCCGCGCUCUUCCUCGCUUGGGGGGCCGCAGCGUCGGAGCCUCCUGCCCACUGUGCUUCCUCCUGGGACGUCUCCCUCACCCUCUCCAUUUCUUCAGAGAACUCGACUCACUAAACUCCAUUAGCAGUGCAGCGAAAAUAUAUAAUAUUAUGUGUGGGUGUGUGCGCGCACAUACACUCGCACUAGCGUUUAGUGCGGGUGUAUGUACGCUGUACUUAUGUAUGUGUGUGUAUAUGGACCGCCAGUUUGUGUGUAAAUAUACUCACACGCACACACCGACACACAUACGCGCACAUACCGGUCUUGCACAGACUAGCAGUGGUGGUUUCUGGGCUUUGCGGUCCGGAGGGAGGAGGAAGGGAGCACAGGUUUGAAAGGGCCGGCGGACUCGGGCUGUUCGGGACUACAAACGCCUGGGGCAAGCCGAGGAGAGGGAGAGAGAGAGGGAGAGAGAGAACACACCGAGCACCAGCUCCGGGCCGUUAGGAUAUAUUUAGGCUCCUCUGGACGGACGGAGGGAAUGUGUUGAAGGGGAGAUGGGAGGGUGGGGGGGAGGGUAAAAAGACAUUUUUAAUAUAAUAGUUUCUUAAUGUGUUGUAUUUUUAUGCCCAGUUGAAACUGAGCCAUAUUCGACGAGAGUGGAACAAUCGGCGUGUUUUUUGACUUGUCCCGCAUAGCUGAGCUACAGGAGAGACGGAGCGGUUUCUGCUGUGUGUGUGUGUGUGUGUGUGUGUGUGUGUGUGUGUGUGUGUGCAGGUGCACGUGCUUGUAUGUGUAUGGUCGUGCAUAUAUACAUGCAUACCCGUGUACAUGCACAUGCAUGCAGAGGUAAUUGUAGGUACACGUGUGUGUACAUGUAUGUGUGUGUGUAUGCGUACAUGUGUGCGUUCGUAUGUGCGGGAACGCACUCAACCCCCAGAGAGGCGGAGGCUUCUGUGCAAGUGCCCUCCAGCUGAGCAACCCCCGCCCACCCCCACCCCCACCCCCCCACGCAGAGGAUCGUUACUGAACAAAGAGGCACUUUGAUCGAAACGCCUUCGCCGACAGGGCGGACGUGCACACCGCCGUUAAACGCGCGCUAAAGAAGCCACCACCCCUCUCCACAGUCCCGCCUUUUCACUUUUGGGUUCAGGGGUCAGGGGUCAGCGCCCCUGCCAUGCCCAAUACUCCACCUACAUUUCACCUUUGUGUUACGAUGAACGAUGUAUGGACAUUUUUGGAUGAGGUGCCAAGUUUGAAGUUUUUUUUAUUUUUAUUUUUUUCUUUCCGAUCUGUGAAGAUGCUGAUUGGCGGUUUAUAGUGUGACCCUUACAGUGUCCAUCUUGGGCGGUAGGUCAGGAUGAAACCUGUGUAUCCGCCUCUCGAUGUCAGGUUUGCGUAAUAAUAGACUUUGGAGCACAGGAAUGCAGAGUUUGUGUACAGUGUACACUCGGUACACUCGAUGCUGUAAGUUAUGGGUGUCUGUUCUGAACAUUCAGAAGUGAAGACGGUUUUAUUCGGGCUUUGCGAGAACUGAGCCGUGUGUCCAAGUCCGUUUGUUUUAGUCGAAAACACGAAGUCGCUAACUGAGCUUGCUGAGCUAUGUCACUCGCCUGUUUCGUCCCCCACCUUGCCAUAAUGUGGCCACCGCGAAGCAUGUCGGAUGCAGGAAAGAGUUGAAAAUCUAAUCGCUUUGCUUUUUUUAAAUUUUCUCUUUUCUCCCAGAAAUCUCUCUUAGAACUGUUCUGUCCGUUUUAGAGGUUAAUCCUGUCCUUUAGCUGGUGAUAAUUUUCCUGUGUUGUUUUUUUUUUUAAUAUACAGGGAAUAUGCACUGUAAAAAUGUAUCCGUCCUGCCUAAUUUUUAAUUAUGUUGAUUACAUGCAAGUGUGAAUUCAACCUCCCAACAUGCGAGUGUGAAUUUGAACCUCCCAACACUCCAUAGGCUGCUCCCAUUGGCCCAUGCACCCCCCAUGUGAGACUGUAAUGGCUAAUUAGAGGCGAGCGUGCUCAGUGUUGUCAGUAUCUUUCCUUGUUUGUGCAUCUCGCUGCUCCCUACGUGUGGGGUACAUUCCAGAUUCCCAGUCAAUAGUAAUUACCAUCAGGAGAACGGCCGCUACACAUUUUCUUGUUUUGUUCAGUCGCUCUCGGGUUCGUUCUGCUUAAUUGCGGAAAAGUGAACAAUCGAAAUCAGAAUCUGGGUUGCUGUCUGUCGCCACACGCAGGCAGAUGCCUCUGUAGUUCAGCCCCAUUGGCUGGGUCAAGGAUUGGGCCCGCCCCUUUAUUAAACACAGGCUUGCCAGCCAAUGUUCUGCGAGGUUACGCCUACCGUUUUCACCCCGUUUGCUUUCCCAGUGUUUCCUCUCUUCGUUGUGAACGAAGAACCGGGUUUGCCGUAAACCGUCACGUUCAAUGGUUCUGGUUCACUGCUGAAGGGUAAAUCAAAUGGAAUCGGUACGUUGGGUCCUGUUGGCCCAUCGUCGAUUGGCGCACAUUCAUUGCGGUUCAGCUAACUUCACCCAAAAUCCCGUUUUAAGAGUUUUAUUUAUCGUAGCCGUUAUAAUAACCGUACACACGCCUAAUCUUACCGGAAUCAGCGUUAAGGACGGGUGUCCCCGCAUGUACUUGUUUGGAUUUGUUUAAGUCGAAUCACUUGUAAAUCAGACUGAUUGUAUUGGUUUCCCUCCUCCCUGUCUCCCCAGUCAUUUAGAAUGAAGGUUCCACUGUACCAAUCUGCAUUAAUCAUUGUUUGUCCAUUAACAAUCACAUUGGUUUUUUUUUUACAUCAGGUCUAAACAAAGCUAUUUCUAUUUUUAUUUACUUCUGCUUGUAUUUGUUUGUGUGUUUUUUCUCUCUUUCUCUCUGAAAUAAUCAGUCUUUGUUGGAAGGGUUUUUUAUUUUAAUUAAUUUUUUUUUUUUUACUUGAUUUACUUGAAGUUCCCGAUAAAACACUGGUUAAUUUUCCUGUGAUUAGCCUCCUUAAUCCCAUUGGUUAAGAGGGUGUGGUCUUAAUUGAUUAAUGCCCAAUGUAUGGUAUGGGGACUGGCCACUGAGGAUAAACAUUUAACGGCCCAUGAGGUGUAGGCGUACGCUCUGAGAAACGGGUGCAUUUUGUUUUAGUCUUGGAGGUCGGUCAGAACUUUAUGGAUCAUACCGCACAUCAGCAGUUCCUUGCAAUGUUAUGUUUUAAUUGUCAGUAAUCACAACAGUAUGAAUGGGAGCACCAGUUGAGAAUUUAUAGCCAUUUUAAUUAUCCUGAAAUCAAGGUAAUUUUGGUCAUGUUAGAAAGCCUCCUCUUAAAAGGCAAAAAAUGUUAACUUAACAUUAGAAUCAAAAUCUCUGGACUAUCUGAAAAACUGCCUAAUUUUGUGGUGUUCGUGUUUGAGGUUUAUUUAUCCCACGACAUGUGACUUAUUUUAAAAUGCUUCUUUUUAAACCGUUCAAGCCCACAAUGUAAGCAUAUGAUGGUACUUUUGGAUUCACUUGUAAUGACUUUGUUGGUUGAUUGGCCACUGGCAGUCGUCUCCCGGUUUUGCUGGGAUACGACUGGUUUCCAAGAGCGUAGCUCGCCGACGCAAGACAUUCCUUCUGGCAACCUGCGUUACCGCAAGCGUAACGGUGUUAAAAUUUCAGUGCACUUUUAUCAUCAUCCUAACAGUCUGCCUGUUACGCAACCUUUUAAUGGCGGACAUUUUGAUGAGCCCGGAAAGGCCACAGAGAACUGAAUUUGAUUUGACGGGGCUGUUCUGAAUGGCCCCUGUACAAGCAGAUUGUCAGUGGUGCAUGGGUGUCUAACCAUAUCUCUUCAUACUACAGAUGUUUUCUUGUCUUAUGGCAGCCUUUCAAACUUUAAUGUCUUAACUACAGAAGAAUGGCGAAAGUCAAACAUGGCUCAGUAUCCAUCUGAACGUUCGGCUCUUGUUGAACCGCUGUGGUAAAAUCUUUCAAGUCACAAAGUGGGGAUAGUUCUUCGAAGGAAGCGGUUCCAAUUAGAGAGCCCGAAAGACGUCCGCACACCGCUGUCGCGAUGUCAUCGUAGCUACCUGUACUUGAGCCCGCUGCUUUUUGUCGAUUUUAAUCUCGACAUGUCAGUGUUGGAUCGUUCUGCAUGCAAGUUAUACGUGUUAACACUUUUAAGCUUAAUUUAAUUUAAUUUAGUUUUAUGCGGUGUGGACUGAAGUAUGAGGCAAAAUCAAUUGAAGAAGGAGAAUACCAAAGACAACAUUUCAGAAUAAUAUAUUAAAGUACAUUUUAGGUAUGCUCCCCACUUCCUGGUUUGAAGUCAUGAGAUCCUGCUUUAGCACAUGCAUGACGUAAGUGAACAAUGGAUGAUUUGAAAGGACUAGGAUUGUUUUUUUUUUUUUAUUUGUUUUUUUUUGUUUAAGUCGUCGGCAUGCCAUGUGUUUUGUGACAUAGCUCCUUGGACUUAUUUGCUCAAAGUCAAUGUGUUAACCAACAAAUAAUUACUUAUUUUUACGGAUUUAAAACUGACUGAUUUUAUACGUUGUCUGAAGUCUUGAAAGCUGUAGACUAACUUGAAUAAAGUGGCAUUGUUUUGUAAAUUUUA